ACCAGGUGGCAACGGAAUUGGAAGUGGCAACGGCAUCGUUGGUGCGCAAGGUUCAAGAGUGUCCCGAUGCCACUCCUUCCAGUGCAAGUCCCAAGGCUGCACUCCGCAUGGGCGCGCUGGCCGCUAGCCGCCCCGCAUGGGCGGCGCCGCCUACACAGGGAGGGCAGUCUGAGUCAGGCUACGAGCCGCGAAUGAUGGCGCAGCCGCUGCCACUGUCCACCACCCGUGCUCUUCAGGAGCUUGAGGAUCAGGGCGCCUCGCUGCCGCUGCAUGGUCUUGCGAAGCCGAAGCCAUCGAAAGUGCUACCUGCAGGUGAUCCAAAGGAGAGCAGUGAAGGUCAUGACGUGCCUGUUGACCUGCCCCGGGUCAACACGAAGACCAAACAUUCAGGCGGUACAGGUGCUGCGGAGCGAAUAUUUGGGCUUGUGCCGCAAAACAGUUCGGAUGAGCAACCAAAGAUCACCUCUCAGUGGCGUUUGCGAGUCCAAGAGAUCAUUCGACACAAUUGGUUUGAUUGCUUCGUGAUGAGCAUGGUAUUGCUUCAUUCCCUCCUUACUGGGAUCCAGAUCCAUGCGAUGUCGGCCACUGGCAGCUUACACCCAGGGCCAGUGCACCAAGUGCUGAACAUGAUUUUUUGCAUCUUUUUUUCUGCAGAGGUGGCCUUGCGAUUGUAUGUCUAUCGGCUACGGUUCUUCACCAUGUACGGCUGUGCGUGGAAUGUCCUGGAUUUGUUGGUCACGCUCUUUCAUCUCUUCGAGGAGUUUGGCGCUUUGGUGGUUAAGGCGACGGCCAACAGUGAGUUGGAAUUUACCAACAGCAGUGUUGUGAGGACAAUCAGAAUCUUGCGUGGCAUCAAGGUGAUCCGACUCGUGCGCUUCAUUCGCUAUGCCGAGGAACUUCAACUUAUUGUGAGCUGCUUGAUUUUGUCCUUUCGCACCUUCCUUUGGAGUAUCGGCUUGCUGGUCAUGACGUUUUACGUCAUGGCCAUCUACACCACCCAAGUUUCGUAUUUGUAUCGCCUGGAGUUCCCCGACAGCUCAGUGAACCCCGCCCUGGAGAAGUGGUGGGGCGGUAUCUUCACGAGUAUGUUGUCAGUGCUGCAGGCACUCAGCGGAGGAGUUGACUGGAAUGACAUUCUCCAGCCGUUGAUUGCCGUCUCCCCGACCUUCGCAUGUUUGUUCAUCCUUUACAUUGGCUUCUGUUUCUUCGCGCUCAUGAAUGUUAUCACUGGGACGUAUGUGGAAACUGUUUCACGCCAAGCCACAGAUCUGAAAACGCGGUCCCAGAUCUUGCAGGCACGAAGGGUCUUCCAAGCGAUCGAUACUGAUCAUUCGGGCUUUAUUUCAUUGGAGGAGAUUCGAAGCCAGACGACCACCGCGGUGGUCUUGGAUUUCUUCGAGUCCGUAGAUGUGGACCCAUCCGAAGCCCAGUACCUCUUGGAGGUACUGGACAUGGAUGGAAGCGGAACAAUUAACUUCGACGAGUUCCUUCAUGGUACGCUGAGGUUGAACAGUUCUGCCAGAGCUGCAGAUCUGUUGCUGGUGGCCAGAGAGAUGAAGAGGUUUUUCAAGCACGCCAUUUCGGAGUUGCAACUGCUCAAGCACCACCUGGGCAUCGCCUGAGGCGGAGGCCCAUUUUUGCAAUAUCGCAACCGGUGCGAAUUUGGUGUCGUUCGCCAUGGAGUCGCUGCCAAAGGCAAUCGACUAGGUAGAAAAGAAGCCCCACAGUGACCGCCACGGCCAUUGGGAUCGGAAUCCGUUCGGAUCCAGUAAGCAUAGCAUGGCUGGGCUGCAACCACCAACGGCUACGGUGAUA